CGCGAGCAGUCGAAAUAUUCAAAAUGUGCAAAAUAAAAAUCAACUCAGUUCUUUUCUUAAUAGUACUUGAAAUAUUCUUUGUGGCCACAGCUGCCUUUGAAGAGACGUGUGAACUCGACCGAGAAAUGGAAAAACAGUGCCGGAUUCAUAAUUAUAAAACUGUAAAACCUUUGCUUGAUUAUUUUAGACAAGUUCGAAAUGAGUUAGAAGACAAAGAAAUUAAGGAAAAUAUGUUAAAUGAAUUAAAUUCGGAUCUUAUGGAAAAGUAUCAUGACAUUGUAAGAAUUCAUGAAAAAUUCAUGAAGGAGGCAGCUCUAUUAGAUGAGUAUAAAAACAAAGUACUUAAAGGGGAAAACGAUUUGCAAUUGAGUCAAAACAAAAUUGAGAAAUUAGAAUCUGAAAUUAGAUCAAAACAAAAUAUUAUUGUGAAAUUAAAAGGAGAAUUAACAGAUAAAUCCAUAAACUUAGAAAAUUGCGAACUUCAAUUCAAAAAUCUUAAUUCUAGUUUAAUUGAAAAAGAUGAAAAAAUAAAGAGAUUUAGUGAGAAUAUUCAAAAUAAUACUGAACAUCAGAAAACACUUGAAGUGCAAUUAGAGAAGAGUAAAUCUAAAUUAAUAAAUAAAGAUAAAGAUAUUCAGUUAUGCCAAUCUGAAAUUGAUACAUUGAAAAGGACAUCAGAAAAUAUAAAAGAACAACAGAAAAAAAUUGAAUUGCAAUUCAAAGAUAGUGAAACUAAGCUAAUAGAUAAAGUGAGAGAAAAUCAGCUAUGUCGAGCUGAGGUUGAUACAUUGAAUAAGACUUUACUCAAUACUCUUAUCCAAUCAAGUUGCUCUCCUUUUGGAGAUUCAGAUGUUCAUACACUCAAUGUUUCUGGGAUAGGUUUCUUCGAUGUUUUAUGCGAUAGUCAGUUAGCUGGACCUGGAUGGAUUGUAAUACAACAACGAGUUGGGGGAAAUGAGAGUUUCAAUAGGGAUUGGGCAACGUAUCGCAAAGGUUUCGGUGCAAUGGAUAGCGACUUCUUCCUUGGACUAGAAAAAAUACAUCGUAUCACGAGUUUGCAGCGAUUCGAACUUUAUAUUCAUUUGGUUGCUGUGAAUGGAAGUGCCUAUAACGCUAGUUAUGACGACUUCAAAAUAUCUGAUGAAGACAAUGGAUAUAAACUGAGUUUGGGUAAAUUCAGUGGAACUAUUAUUGAGGAUGCGAUGAGAUACCACGAAAACUUGAAAUUCUCAACAUUCGAUAGCGACAACGACGAAGCUGGUGAUGGUAAUUGCGCAGUUGAGUAUGGAAGUGGCUGGUGGUACGGCGAUUGCUCUAAUUGUAAUUUAAAUAAACCAAAUAAAAAGAUAUACUGGUGGGUGGAAAAUAAGAUCGAACUUAAAGAAGUUAAGAUGCUAAUUCGCCCCAAAGAAGCGAUGAUGAAGUGAGCAAUUGAAGAUCUGAAAUACAAAUAUUUGACUCAAUUAUGUAAUCAUUUAUAUAUAAUUGGAUGAUGAUAAAUAAAAUAGCAAUCGACAAUAU